CAGGUACCUGUCCUAUCACCGUUCUCUCUCUCGUCUCUUGCCGGCGAGCGGCCGCCGUAUCGCUCGCUCUCCACGGAGGGACGCGAUUGCCGCUACGUCCCGUGGGGCCGCGAAUCGGGGCGUUCCUUCGUUCGUUCCUGGCUUUGCCGCGCUGCGUGGCGGGGAUCGUCUGCCCGUCGGUGUUUGUUUUCUAGAAGCGAUUCUAUUGUUCAGAUGAACCUCCGUGCACGCCCCGCAUGCAGUUUGACGCGGGGACCUGAGAUAUGCCUCGCUAUGAUGACCGCUAUGGAGGCACGCGCUUGUAUGUUGGCAGAUUGGCCACUCGUACUCGUUCCCGCGAUUUAGAACAUCUGUUUGGCAGAUAUGGAAGAAUACGAGAAGUGGAGUUGAAGCGUGACUAUGCAUUUAUUGAGUUCAGUGAUCAUCGCGAUGCUGAUGAGGCUCGAUACCAGCUAGAUGGCAGGGAUGUUGAUGGGAGUCGUAUUGUUGUUGAGUUUGCUAAAGGGGUCCCACGUGGUUCAGGUGGCUCACGUGAAUAUAUGGGGAGAGGCCCUCCACCAGGUACAGGUCGUUGUUUCAACUGUGGAGUUGAUGGUCACUGGGCAAGAGACUGUAAAGCUGGUGACUGGAAAAACAAAUGCUACCGUUGUGGAGAAAGGGGCCAUAUAGAAAGAAAUUGCCAGAACAGUCCUAGGAGUCUCAGGCGAGAGAGAAGUUACUCACGGUCCCCAUCUCCCCGCCGUGGACGGGGCCGCAGUCGAAGCUAUAGCAGGAGCAGGAGCCGGAGUCGGAGCUAUAGUCGAUCAAGAUCCCUGUCUAGAUCUCCUAGGGGAGGUCGUCGUGACCGUGACGAUAGGAGAUCAAGGAGUCCUAGCUAUAGCAGGAGCCCCAUGCGAUCUGCCUCGCCACCAGUAAAGGAAAAGGAGCGCAGCCCCGCACCUGAUGGAAGCAGGAGCCCAAGGAGUCGCAGCCCCCAGGAUCAGGUGAUGAGCCCACCACCAAAGGAUAAUGGCGAAGGCAAUGGCUCAGACCGUGGCGGCAGCCCCAGAGGGAGGGAGAACAGCAGGAGCUGCAGCCGCAGCCGCAGUCCAUCUGGUAGUAACCGCAGCCCUGCGGCCAAUGGACGUAGCCGGAGUCCUGGAGGUGAGCGGAGCCCGAGUCCUGGAGGUGAGCGGAGCCCGAGUCCUAGAGGUGAGCGGAGCCCGAGUCCUAGGGCUGACCGUAGCCCAAGCCCCAAUGGCAAUGGUAACAAUGAUGCUGCUGCUGAUGUCGAUGCUGAUGCUGCUGCCCGCAGUGGCUCCCCCACUGGAAGCAAGUCACCCUGAGCGCUGGCGGUCCCAGAUUGUGGUGGUGCUUCUCAAUGCAAUGGGCAAUCGUAUUGCUAUUUUUUGCUACCAUAUCGAAGACACAAUAGCUACAUCAUUUUCUUCUCUGAAACAAGGACUUUAUUUUGCUUGCUUUGAGAUAUGACUCUUACCCUCUCAUGGAUAAUAUAUAUAUGAUAUGAUGCCACUGGUGCUUGCUUGCAUCUGAAUAAGUGAAUGCUCGCAUGUUGAGGUU